CCAAUUUUGAAUCGUGAGAGAACAACUUGUCUUUUCAAGCUUACAUGUUUAAAGGUUAAAAAUCACCCUAAAUCAUUAACCCCCGCUGCCGCCGCCUUCCUCUUCUCCCCUUCCUUCCCCUUUUCUCUCUUCCAACUCCAGCAGAGGCACCCCCGCCGGCAUUGUUUCUCUGUUCUCCACAUCUCCUACGCCGUUCACCUCUUGCGUCGCGGCUCCCGUCUCUCCCCCUUUGGCUGCUGCAAGCGUCUCUUCCCGCUUGCCCGCGUCGCUGCCGCCAGCGUCUUUUUGCCACUGUUGGACAAACCUUUGAACCCGUCACUUGACCGGUUCAGUUCUCGCAACCUUACUCUCUCAUCCACUCACACUCACUCUGCGUCUCUGCCUCGCCGCCACUGCCUCGUCUCCACUGUCCCUCGACAUCGCCUCUCACCACUCGGUUUGUGGCCUCGCCUCUUCCUCUGAGCCUCUGCGUCUUGCCGACUAGCCGUGCCUCCCUCUGUCGCCGUCAGUCCGUCACGGUCCCACUGCGUUGCCCCUCCCUUUCCGUGGCCAAUUUACGGUCCAUCUGCAGCCAGCAGUCAUAACUGCCAGAGUCUCCAUGGCAGAAAGGAGCAAGGAGCUUCUUCACUUGGAGCACAAGGCCACACCCCUCUCAUCCUUAGAAUCCACACUUCUUGUUUGUAACGGCAAAAGAGAACAAUGCACUCAAACUAAGAUACUUCCCCCUAAUGGCACUCCUCUUACUUCUAUUCCCAAAAGCCAACUUUUAGGGAAGGUUAAAGAUUUCUUAGGAGUGAUGUCAGAAGCAAAUAAGCGGCUGGAACUUGAUGCGAAGGAUCAUCCUGAGAAUUACAAUAUUGAAGAGCUCACUGGAAAUGAAUCCAAAGUUAUUGAAAUGGAUUUGAUGCUUGGUGUUGCGGAUCUUAAUACACCUGAGGCUGUGGCUGCUGCUGAAUCAGCAAUUUCCAGUUGUCAGCCUGCGAUUUCAUUGGCCGCUGAUGGCAAAGACACAGACACAGAUUCAGAUGAAAGCAGUGCUGAAGAUGAUAACGAGGAUGAUGGAAUUAGAAGUGGUGAUGCUGGAAAUGAUGGUAGAAAGCUUUCAUCUCUUGAUGAUGAAAAACGGAAGGGAAAUCAUAAUUCCAAAAAACGAGCAAGGAUAGUUGAGCUCUCAUGAACUCGAUGGUGUGUGAUAACUGGUAACGGGUUAUGAGAACUAGAUGCAUGAGUUGGCGUAAAUUGUUGUAUGUACUUACUAAGAUGAUAUCAGCAAGAAUCAAAAUGCAUCUUUUACAUCUAGGGUAGGAAUAUAUUGUUUGAUUUUGGCUUAUGUUUGAGAUCAAACAAUAGCAGCCUCCAUAUGAGUUAAUUUAGUGGUAACUCCUCAAUGAGCUAUGCAUGUAUUUAUGCCCUUAAUGGCAGAGGAUUUCGGUGUAGCAAUACUUAUUAAUUUGUUUUUAUGAG